AUGGACGGACUCAUUCCAUCUGCAACCCCUCAAAUUGCAUCAUCAUCACCAUCCGCUAUUGCUAAUAAUACAAACACGGUCGAGACUCGGGGCAGGACAAUUAGCAGCGGCAGCGAACGGAUCGACGACGAGUACACCGACAGCAUUGAGCUCUCGGCACCCUUCCAACUCUUGCUUGUCAACAGGAGGUUUGCAGACAUUGCCGUGCGGUCGCUUUGGAAAGGUAUUGUCUUUCAUGGACAUGAUUCAUUUCAAGUCCAGGCUCUCCUUUCAACAUUGCGCGGCGACGGUGAAACCUCAACCAGCAGUCAGCCUGUUGUUUCUCAGACGGAUGCAAGCUGCCUUGGUCUCGAUACCGUCAAGGACAAUAACCCAGUCAAGUCAGCCCCGGCACUUCUCUCUGUCCUCGAUGAGAACGAGCCCACCCAGGUUCGGUCCACCUUGGUCGACUCUGUUCAGCAAUCCGUCAAGCGGUUCAACGGAGUUCGGUACCCAGCGCAGACCACUGCUGCCCUAAGUGAUGGUCAACAACAACAACGAGAGCAAGCGCGGAUGCCCUCACCCCAAGACCGAUCCGGAGUUCUCCGUCGUCACAGUACCACUGGCGUCGAAUCGGCAAGGUCGCCUGCAUCGCAAUCACAUUCGCCUUCAAAUCUGCAAUCGCCCGUUCUGAUGCCUCGGUGGUCAUACCGGCAGAUGCCCAGGAACAUCGUACUGAACUUUUCUCACCCACAGGCGUCCCCUCACUUGCUUGUGAGCGUCCUCGAGUGCAUCGGAUCCCGCUGCCGAGAUCAAGUCAAGGCACUGGACCUGCGUGCUAAUGAAAAGAUGCAGGCUGCCGGCCUCGAAACGCCCAGUGAGCUCGAGCGACUCUUUGGAUCAGGAUUCUCGCGACUCCAAUAUCUUCGGCUCCAAGGCGGAUUCGUUGACAAUCAGUUGCUUGGUGCUCUCACCAAGGGUAUCAUUUCCGCCACCAGCCUCCCACCUAGCUCUGAGGCAACAGCAAGUCAGGAAAGACGUCUCCAGCAAGAGCAGCAACAGCAGCAGCAGACAGGACUUUCUAUGCCUCUCCACAUGACCCCGCCAUGCCGACUCUCGCAGGUCUUUCUCGGCCCAGGAUCUGUCACGGAUAGCGCCAUUGCAAAGCUGAUUGUCGCAGCAAGCCAUUGUCUCGAGGUGUUCACGGUGACUAGCUGUGUCGAUGUCGGAGGCGGUGCCCUUGCGAGCUUGCUGACAGAGUGUCCCAAGCUCAGAGUUCUGGCGGUUCAUAAGUCACUGGCUCGGGAUGUCGAGCUUCUUGAAGGUCUUGGGGUCGAUUCUGACAGCUUGCCUAGCCCCACCAGUCCGCUGGGUGCCAUCUUGCCAGAUACCCUUCCGAGUCCAUCACGGAAACAGAUUGUCUCGCCUCUGGAGAGAUUGGAGCUCGGGUCGACGCAGUUGACUAGUACGGGGAUUGCAGAGAUUGUCAGGGGUGUCAAUCGGACAUUAAGGUUCUUGGUGCUGGAGCCUCGGCACUUUAAGGAGGCGCUUCUGAGGGAUGUCAUUGUCCCGUUGUGUAAGAAGCUGGAGGGCUUGCAUUUUGAUGAUCCGGAUCAUUACUACCAACACCAGCUUCAGCAGUCUCAGAUUCAGAGACAGCGACGGCAACAGCAGAACCUCGAUCAACAACAACCACCGCAUCAGAUCCAGUCUCCAUCCGUCAGCUCGAUCCCAGUUACGAUGGAGGCUGAGAAUCGUCGUCUUAAAAAACGAUAUUUCAAGCUGAGACGAUCUAGGAGACCCACCACGACCGAGCUCUCUCCUCUAGACACCGGCAUUGCGCGCAAGGAUGACGCGGCCGCGGGGCAGGAUGACGAUGGCUCCAGUUGCCCCAGACCUAGCCCUUGGUUGGGAGAGACAUCGACCGCGGAGUGGGUCGAGCAUGGCAACUGCGCUCUUUGGGCCGCAAGUGCUGUUGGGUUCGAGGCCAAUGGUGGACUGAUCAGUAAUGGUAAUGGCGCAACAGGCCAUUCUCAUUCGAUGUCGGGUUCAAGGGGUCGUGGAAUAUCGUCGUUUUUCCGAGGCAUUGGCACUCGCCUGAGCUCGAUCCUUUCCCCUCGCAACAACACCAACGGCAACCAGGAAGAUGUCAGUGCUCCCGAGAAUACUGCGGCAGUCGCGACAGACCACGAAUGCGACAUUGACAGGAUCUUGGCACGCUUCGGCCUUGCAGCGCCAGAGGUGGAUAUGCUGCGCCAAGUGUUGGCGCCCACACUCAAAUCCUUUGUUGUCAUGCAAGCGGAUCUGUUGCCAGUUGCAGAGAGCAAGCCCGUCGCGUCGAGUCUGAGUUCUUUGGCGGAAGGUGAUGUUGUUCUUGUGGAUGACGCAUUGGAGGAGUUGAGCAAGGAGGAGACAAAUAUGCGAUUGGCUGUUAUCUUGACCGUGAUUGCUGUUUACGGAUCAUUGGUUACAUUGGCUGCUGCGCUGUCGAAUUUGCCGGCGGAGGCGUCUGAGCCCUCUGCUGAAUGUACGUAG